AUGGGCAAGGACUCCUCUUUCCGCCUCUGCAUAGCCUCGCUGCUCAUCAUCCAAAUCGCCUGCUGGGCCCUCACCCUGCUCGAUCUCUACCAUCCUGGCAAGCCCACAGCUAUGCUACGCACCACGAUGGACUUGGCCUCGCUAUACUUUACGAGGCUGGGAGGCCAGAGUAGCGCUGCGUUGCAGCACCUGAGUGUACGGGAUAUCACAGCAUUGGUCUACUGA